AUGGGGAUGGAAUCUGGGAGAAGGGGAUGGAAUCUGGGAGAAGGGGAUAGAAUGUGGAAGAAGGGGAUAGAUUAUGGGAGAAGGGGAUGGAAUCUAGGAGAAGGGGAUGGAAUCUGCGAGAAGGGGAUGGAAUCUGGGAGAAUGGGAUGGAAUCUGGGAGAAGGGGAUGGAAUCUGGGAGAAGGGGAUGGAAUCUGGGAGAAGGGGAUGGAAUCUGGGAGAAGGGAAUAGAAUCUGUGAGAAGGUGAUGAAAUCUGGCAGAAGGGGAUGGAAUUUGGGAGAAGGGGAUGGAAUCUGGAGAAGGGGAUGGAAUCUGGGAGAAGGGGAUGGAAUCUGGGAGAAGGGGGUGAAAUCUGGGAGAAGGGGAUGGAAUUUGGGAGAAUGGGGAUGGAAUCUCGAAGAAGGGGAUGGAAUCUGGGAGAAGGGAUGGAAUGUGGAAGAAGGGGAUAGAAUAUGGGAGAAGGGGAUGGAAUCUAGGAGAAGGGGAUGGAAUCUGCGAGAAGGGGAUGGAAUCUGGGAGAAGGGGAUGGAAUCUGGGAGAAGGGGAUGGAAUUUGGGAGAAGGGGGUGGAAUCAGGGAGAAGGGGAUGGAAUCGGGCAGAAGGGGAUGGAAUCUGAGAGAAGGGGAUGAAAUCUGGGAGAAGGGGGUGGAAUCUGGGAGAAGGGGAUGGAAUCUGGGAGAAGGGGAUGGAAUCUGGGAGAAGGGGAUGGAAUGUGGGAGAAGGGGAUGGAAUCAGGGAGAAGGGGAUGGAAUCUGGGAGAAGGGGAUGGAAUCUGGGAGAAGGGGAUGGAAUCUAGGAGAAGGGGAUGGAAUAUGGGAGAAGGGGAUGGAAUCUUGGAGAAGGGGAUGGAAUCUUGGAGAAGGGGAUGGAAUGAGGGAGACGGGGAUGGAAUCUGGGAGAAGGGGAUGGAAUCUGGGAGAAGGGGAUGGAAUCCGGGAGAAGGGGAUGGAAUCUGGGAGAAGGGGGUGGAAUCUGGGAGAAGGUGAUGAAAUCUGGGAGAAGGGGAUGGAAUCAAGGAGAAGGAGAUGGAAUCUGGGAGAAGGGGAUGGAAUCUGGGAGAAGGGGAUGGAAUCAGGGAGAAGGGGAUGGAAUCUGGAAGAAGGGGAUGGAAUCUGGGAGAAGGGGGUGGAAUCUGGGAGAAGGGGAUGGAAUCUGGGAGAAGGGGAUAGAAUAGGGGGAUGGAAUCUGGGAGAAGGGGAUGGAAUCUGGGAGAAAGGGAUGGAAUAUGGGAGAAGGGGAUGGAAUAUGGGAGAAGGGGAUGGAAUCUGGGAGAAGGGGAUGGAAUCUGGAAGAAGGGGGUGGAAUCAGGGAGAAGGGGAUGAAAUCUGGGAGAAGGGGAUGGAAUCUGGGAGAAGGGGAUGGAAUAUGGGAGAAAGGGUUGGAAUCUGGGAGAAGGGGAUGAAAUCUGGGAGAAGGGGAUGGAAUCUGGGAGAAAGGGAUGGAAUCUGGGAGAAGGGGGUGGAAUCUGGGAGAAGGGGGUGGAAUCUGGGAGAAGGGGAUGGAAUCUGGGAGAAUGGGGAUGGAAUCUCGAAGAAGGGGAUGGAAUCUGGGAGAAGAGAUGGAAUGUGGAAGAAGGGGAUAGAAUAUGGGAGAAGGGGAUGGAAUAUAGGAGAAGGGGAUGGAAUCUGCGAGAAGGGGAUGGAAUCUGGGAGAAGGGGAUGGAAUCUGGGAGAAGGGGAUGGAAUCUGGGAGAAGGGGAUGGAAUCUGGGAGAAGGGGAUGGAAUCUGGGAGAAGGGGAUGGAAUGUGGGAGAAGGGGAUGGAAUCGGGGAGAAGGGGAUGGAAUCUAGGAGAAGGGGAUGGAAUCUGGAAGAAGGGGAUGGAAUCUGGGAGAAGGGGAUGGAAUCAGGGAGAAGGGGAUGGAAUCUGGGAGAAGGGGAUGGAAUAUGGGAGAAGGGGAUGGAAUCAGGGAGAAGGGGAUGGAAUCUGGGAGAAGGGGAUGGAAUCUAGGAGAAGGGGAUGGAAUAUGGGAGAAGGGGAUGGAAUCUUGGAGAAGGGGAUGGAAUCAGGGAGAAGGGGAUGGAAUGAGGGAGACGGGGAUGGAAUCUGGGAGAAGGGGAUGGAAUCUGGGAGAAGGGGAUGGAAUCCGGGAGAAGGGGAUGGAAUCUGGGAGAAGGGGGUGGAAUCUGGGAGAAGGUGA